UAUCCACUUGUUGGCCACUGUCACAACACUCUGCCAACAUCUCUCAGUGUUCGUCGGUCAUCUGCCAAUUCUCUCUGGCGGGACGCCAGGUGACCGCCCUAGUUCUUAGCGCCCAAAAUCCCUUCAACCGCCCAAACUACUUACUUCCAUGGACUCAGAUCGUCAGAAAGCAGGUAUAAAGGCGGAAGUCGUUCUUCACUGCUGCAGAAAGAAAUCAGCGAGAGAGAAGAGGAAGUGAAAACUAAAUCUCAGCGUUCCAAGUAGUUAGUGAUGUGUGCUCAUUGCUUCCCUUGCGCAAUGGAGAACACCACAGCAAACUGUGCGCAGUUUCUCGGCACCAAGACCGAUAACAUUCAUAUACAUGUACAUGUAUGUGCAAUGAUCGCUAUGAUCGUACAAUUGUUCCUCCUCAUUGUGAAACAGAAAACGGGAGCGGAGACGUAUCUUUGGGAAGUCCUGCGCAGGCUACAAGACAUUCUUCUGUUUGCAAUCGGCAGGAUUCUACUGGGAUUCAUAGGAGAUCAUGAGCUACGACUCAAGAGGGUGCCUGCGGACAUGCUGAAGCACGGCGAUCGCCUCAUCCUUCCCAAAGCUGACUGCUUCGACGGGAAGUACACAAUGUACUUUCAUUUCGGCAUAUUUGACAAAACCAAUGACCGGGUUAUCGCCUUCACGCACAAGAGCAUGGAUGUACCCCCAGAAUCGGACUUGGCUCGAGACCAGUGUGAUGGAAAUAGCUCGCGGGAGAAUACCAGCGGCUCCACAGAUGACAUUUUCACGCAAUUUAUUCGAGCAUAUCGUCGCUACGGUGCCUUGGCCAUACUUCACACAGCCAGUGUGGCCAUGGAUGAAUUCGGCACCACCAGGGAUUUCCAGAUAGUGCACCAGCGAUUGGACGACUUCUAUGUAGAUGCGGAUCUCAAGUAUGUUGUGCGCUAUGAGGACCAACAAAUGCAUCUGCGCGGGUGCCGAUUGCAGAAGGACGAUGCGUUGCCAAGUCGCAGUCCGGAGGAGGCCGUGGAAUUUGCCAGACUGUUCGCAGAGUUGAGUAAGGGAAGAGCAUUCGGUGCAUACGUAUUUCCAAAUUGGAAUUGCGAAUCGUUCGUCAACUGUUGCUACACGAUGAAGCCCGAGGUCACACUAUCAACAAUCAGGUAUGAGUUCGACAAGAACUGCAAACACAGUGGUGUGUUCGGCAAGGAAUGGCUGCGGAAGAGAUGCGAUCCGAUAUGUGCUCAGGUUAACCAUAUCGAGAGCUGCGGAUACUGUGUCGCAUUCACGAAUAUCGUCUAUGAUGACCAGCUGCUGGGGGAACAGGUUGCGUGUACUCUCGCAGGAUAGAAUACGGAGUCAACCUUUGAUCAUUGGAGUUCAUAACGCUCCACCUACACAGCUGCGCUAGUGGAUAGUGACUAUAAAUCAGCCCCGACUCAAUAGUUGUUUGUUCUCUCAACCAACAACUUAUGUGUUCUAGUCGUAUCUUCGUCCUCCCUGCAAUUAAAAAAAUCUUUGGUAUUGUCUUGACUCUUGAGCCUUUCUUUGGUAUUGUCUUUUGUGUUAAAAAUGGAUGGAAUGGAUCAGUAGGGCUACUGCAGCAUUCUAGUGUCCAGGACCUUGAAGAUCUGUAUCUUCGCUACAAUGAUAAUUUGCUUUCUGCAAGCCGUGGGCGCAUAGUUUUACAGUUAGCAUCACGGAGUAUUCAAGUUGUGCACACUGUGUGCUGCAUCUUUUUCAGGUAUGCUUGGUAAUAAUUAUUAUUUUGAAUUAUUUAUUGUCCUUUUGUACACAUAGUUCUGGAUCUAGUUUACGAAUAUACAGAGCUUCUAACACAACAAGAUCUAACUUAGACCUUCCACGAGUUAAAAUCGAAAAGAUAUCAUCACUAUACAACUCAUGACAACUAGCGCUGCCCGACAAAUGACGCUUGAUGGACGAUGUCCGAUCAUUUAGCUCUGUCACCUUCGACGUUUGCCGUUGUUCUCUUCCCUUGUUCUUGUUUUUUUUGGAUUGCUCUGGUUGACACGUCCAACGUCCGUUGAACUCAUGGUCGCUUUUGUUUGACUUCUUGGUCUUCCUCGUUUUCCUCUUGUUGAUCAUUGUUGUCACUUCCUGUACCGACGUAUUCAAAUCUCCAGUACUUCGUCUCUUCACCUUGC